GGCCACAAAGGCCAGCGUCAGCGGAGUCCUCAGCAAGGAGGCUGUGGUGCGAGUCUCCAGCGCUCGUAUGGCCGCGGUCAUGUUCGACUGUGUGCACGACUGCCCCAUCUACGCCUCGCCCCUUGACAACUUCUUCCUCCCCCUAAAUACAAGCAACCCUCAGGCCGUGAUAUUCGUGUGUGCUGCUGAGCCAGGCCCUCUCGAAAUGAAAAGUUCGACAUGUGCCCAGGCCGAGGCAGCUCGAAGUCAUUCAUUAGUUUUUCAAUUCAUGAUUACUUCAUCGCCGGCAAUUAACGCCACGGGGGGAAUGUGCCUAAUUGUUGGGUUCUCCAGUCCUAACUCCGGAGAAACCAGUCAGAUAAGCGAGCAGAGCAACAUGAGACAGCCUUUUUGUGAGAAGCUUAUCGUGGAGCGAGUUGAGGAAGAGCAAAGAACUAAGCUGCUUGUGAAGUGGCAGAACCGUUCCUCCAUCCUGUCCUUGGACAAGCCGAAGCAUCUCUCGAGGUCGACAGCGGAUACACCCGAUGAGCCCAAAACGGGCGAUGAAGUCGUGUGGUUACAUCCGCAGGCGUAUAACAACUUCACGGUCUCGUACGAUUGCCCUCCUAAACUAUACUCUGGACUUAAAGGUAGAGACGAGGAUGAAAUAAGUUCUAAACUGGGAGCGCAAUUCGAGGAGGCCCACGGCCACGGACUUUUGUGGACUUCGGUCGUGGUGAUUGCCGUGGUUCUGAUUGUCAUCUGUAUAAUACUUUUUGUAUUUAUUAAGCCGAGCAUACGCAAUAAGUGGAAAGAUUUCUCCGACGACGUAAGCUAUCCUGAGACGGUCUCGGUGAUCAGCAGCGAAGGCUACCGCCACGGCAGCGACGGCGCGCUCGUCUUCAGCGCUGCUGCUCUGGACGGCGCCAGGCUGCACAUGCUCAACGCUGACCGCAUGAAGGAACCCACAAUCUUUCCUGGGUCUUGUAGUCCCCGGCGUUAUAGGGAAGCUGAGGAGGUGUCAGAACCUGGGUCCCCAGAGCCCAGGCGUCUGAGCCGUCAGCACCCACAGGAGCUGUGUGUCUCCAAGCUACCCUUGUUGUAGGCUCUGCGCGUCCGUGUGCGCACAGGACUACUACAUAGUUAUUAAAUACUUAUUGUAUAACUACAGUACAUGUUAUAUGUUAAAUAUAUUUAAAUAUAUUAUAGAUAAUAUAGUUAUUAGACAGCUAGGGAUCCUAAAAUUUAAAGAAGUUCGAAAUAAAAAAUGAUAUUUUCAAAGCCAAACAUGUCUAAAUAGAAUGUUCAACUCUGAAAAUACUUAAAUACAGAAUAGAACAGAAGUGUCGGCACUGAAGAAAUAGAAUAGAAGU